AUGAAGCGUACGGUUCUUCACCUGGUUUUCUUCCUGUCUACCGCAGCAGCCAUCGCCAUUCCCACCCAAACAGCCGUGGCUACAGCUUCCGUCCAGACGCCCACCUCAUUUAACAUCACCAACAUUCCGCCGCCUACAGGGGGCGAUCAAGACCAUGACCAAGAUACUGGGAAAGGCAAGCUCACGCCCUGGGAACAAUGGUCCUGUUCUAUGAAACACCAUCACAAAACAAAGUCAGCACAUCAUAAGAUGAAGCAUCCCACACAUCAGGGGGGAAAAGACACAAAGGGCUAUCAGGCGCCAGGUUGGCAGCGCUGCAAGAAACAUCUCACCAAGCAUCUGCCGCCUAAGAAGAUGCAGUGGGUCAGAAGCGUCGCAGAGGCAAAUGGGACACGCGCAUCCUCAGCGGGAGGUCAUGAGGGGCGAAAGGGACAUGAGGGUCACAAGGGUCACAAGGGUCACAAGGAUCAUGGAGAGUGCUUCAAGAAGUGCGUCGGGUUCAAGAUGCCAUUCAUCUCGAAGCUGAUACCCGAGGGUAUUAUGGAGCCUGUCUGCGAGGGUAUCUGUGGAUGCAAGGGUUCCGAGCAAUGUAAGGGUAAAGAAUCGGGAGGCGAGGAGAAGCCGAAGGAGGAAAACCCUCCGGUUCCGUACCAGGGCAUGAGCGAGAUGCAUGAAUGGAAGGAAUGGAUUGCAAAGAAGGAGAUAGAGCCGGCCAAGGAUGAAGGAAAUGUUCAGCCCAGAUCCGUGGGAGAUGGCUCUACGGCACACGUAUGA